UAAACUUCCAAUAUAUAUAAGUGGACCGUAUUAAUCGUAAAUUCGGAAACAGUACUCUUUCGCGAUAUUUUUCUUUUCUUCUUUUCUCGCCUCGUUCGUUCCUUUUCGUCUUUCUCUUCAAAGAAGCUUCGAUAUCGCUAUUGCAUCGCAUAGCUUUUUCGAUUGCGCUUUGUCUCUGUCCUUUUCGCAAUUUCCCUUUCAAUAUCCAAUUUUAUCAUCGGUAAGCUUUUUCAAUCCUUCUAUUGUUCUUCCACUUUUCUCUUAAUUUUUAGGGUUUCGAUUCAAAUUCAAUCAUUAUCUUCCUAAUUUAGGGUGUCCUGGUUUCCAAUUGUCAUCGAAUUUGACUUUUGUUAUUCAAUUUUGGUGAAUUUUUGUGUUUUGGGUUUAGGGUUCUGGUAAAAUAUAACAAAAAAAAAGUUUAUUGUGAUUUAGGGAUUAGGGUUUUUCUUUAGAAUUUAUUGAUUUAGAUAGAUAGAUUUAUGGCUGCUGGUAGACAUGGAAGUUACCACGAAAAUGAGUUUAAGGAUCACGAGUCCAAUUUGGAAGUUACUAGACGCGGGUUUUCAAAUUCAAAAGAGCAUGAUCCGGUUAGGAAUGGUGGUCAUGAUGGUGUGAGGAGUGGGGGGAGAAAUUCGAGGGAGAGGGAUAGGAUUAGGACGAGGCAGAGGGAUGUUAGGGAGGGAGAUGCUGUUACUAAUGGAAGUUACAGAUCAUCUUCCAGCAGGAGUGAUUCUGGCAGUAGUGGCAGCCUUGGACCUCGUCGGUGUGGUUUUACUGUUAAGACAGUUGAUAGAGAGCCUGGUGAGCUUUCCAGUGAGAGUGGGUCUGAUGGUGCUGUUGAAUCUGAAUCUGUGGUGAAAGAUUGUGAGGUUGCUGUGCUUGAAGGAAACAGGUCUCGCUCCCCUGCACCACAGGAGAAGAAAAGGAAAUUUUCGCCCAUAGUGUGGGAUCAGGAUGACAAGGAAGUGAAGGGGUCAUCAAAGGUUAGGGUCUUGACGACACCAGUGGCUGCUCUUCCUCCUCUGCCUCAGCUGUCAAAAUCGUCUGUUUUGUCACCGGCUGUUUCUCACAGUGAGGUUCAAGCACGUGCUGUCAGAAACAGAGAAACUAGGGAUCUUGAGUUGCCCACUGUAGCUAAGGUUACCGUUCCCUCUCCUUCCGGAUUGCUGUCCUUGUCACCGAAACAGACUUGGGGUAGUGAUCAGGAAGCUGAGCAGCCAGAAGGUGAAGAUUAUGUUCCAACUCGUAAUAUAUCAUCUUCACGAUGGGCAGCUGGAGAUAACUCUCCUGUUGAUGAGGGUGAAAUUCUCAAUGAUGAAGAAAUGCCCAAAAGGAAGAAGAGGCCAACUCCUGAGUUGUUGGAGACUAGAGUGAGGAACAAGUUAUUGAGCCCCGAUGAUUCUAAAAUAGGUGGUUUUGAAGGAGCUAGAGCCAGAUCAUCUGAUUCGGAAGAAAGAAGUGUUAUCCAUGGUAGAACGUCCAGUGCCGAUGGACAUCCUGGUAUUGAAUCAGAAAAGGAUGACUAUAUGGACAUUGAUGUUCGAGGUAUGAAAAGUGACACCAGUAAUAGUCACUCAGAUACGGAAUCUGAAGAUGAUGAGGAUAGGCCGGAGACUCCAGAACCACCAGCUCAACCUCAAAGAACGGUCAACAUGCUUCAGGGUUGUAGAAGUGUUGAUGAGUUUGAGAGACUUAACAAGAUAGAUGAAGGAACGUACGGUGUUGUAUAUAGGGCAAAAGAUAAGAAGACCGGGGAAGUUGUAGCAUUAAAGAAGGUCAAGAUGGAGAAGGAAAAAGAAGGCUUCCCGCUGACUUCUCUUAGGGAAAUAAACAUUCUUCUUUCUUUUCACCACCCAUACAUAGUUGAUGUCAAGGAAGUAGUGGUUGGAAGUAGCCUUGAUAGUAUUUUCAUGGUUAUGGAAUACAUGGAACAUGAUCUUAAAGGAUUAAUGGAGUCAAUGAAGCAACCAUUUAGCCAAAGUGAAGUGAAGUGCUUAAUGAUCCAGCUUUUAGAAGGUGUGAAGUAUCUUCAUGACAACUGGGUGCUUCAUAGGGAUUUGAAGACUUCAAAUCUGCUUUUAAAUAACAGGGGUGAGCUAAAAAUUUGUGAUUUUGGGUUGGCUCGUCAAUAUGGGAGUCCUUUGAAACCAUAUACUCACCUGGUGGUUACUCUUUGGUACAGGGCACCUGAACUUCUUUUGGGGGCAAAACAGUACUCAACAGCUAUUGAUAUGUGGUCUCUUGGUUGUAUAAUGGCUGAGCUAUUGUCUAAGGAACCGCUGUUCAAUGGAAAAACGGAAUUUGAUCAACUUGACAAGAUUUUCAGGAUACUUGGCACUCCAAAUGAAACAAUUUGGCCGGGCUUCUCAAAAUUACCCGGAGUCAAGGUCAAUUUUGUCAAGCACCAGUAUAAUCUUCUGCGUAAAAAGUUUCCUGCCACAUCAUUCACUGGAUCUCCAGUUCUUUCUGAUUCUGGAUUUGAUUUGUUGAACAAGCUUCUAACUUAUGACCCUGAAAAGAGGAUCACGGCUGAAGCUGCUCUCAAUCAUGAAUGGUUCCGUGAAGUUCCUCUUCCCAAGAGCAAAGAAUUCAUGCCUACAUUUCCUGCCCAGCAUGCUCAGGACAGGAGGAUGCGGAGAGUGUACAAGAGUCCAGACCCUUUAGAGGAGCAGCGACGGAAGGAGUUGCAGCAGGGUGAAUUGGGGACUGGCGGAAUAUUUGGUUAAGAUUGGAGCUAUUUAAACCUAUGUCUCAAUAAUCAUUCUAACAUGGCACACUGAAUGUUUGCAUUGAUGAGGUGAGGGUAUGCACUGAACGGAAGUUGCAAGCUUUGUUUGUUAGACGAUCACUCGUGCUGUUUUUUAGCAGGGACUUGUUGGUUUGAGCAAAGAUGUAUUUUUUUACCUCCUGGAACCAGAUUUCUUUCAGGUUAACAUUCUUCACGCUUGGUCAUCUUAUAGAAAUACAUCUGUGACACUUUGCUGCCCAAGGUGUGGCAUAACCUUCUCAAAUUAGGAAGUCAGUGUCUGUUGAAUCUUGUGUAUGUAACAUAUUUUCAUUUCAUUGACAUAUUGUAAACAAAUUUUAUCUGGUUUUGAGUAUUAAAGCAAUAUGGAUUUUCUAGCA